UUCCAGCAAUAGCAGAGAUGCACAGGUCAAUCACUGUUAUUAUUACUUUUUAUAAACCAACUCCAACGUAAAUCCAAGAAAGAAGUUCAUUAUCUCAAUUAAAAGCCAAAAAAAGACAGAAUUGCCAUGCUUCCUUUCUCUUUUCCUCUCAUUUUGAUCUUCCCACCUCUCAUUCUAGCCAAGUUCUUAACCCUAUAUCCAUGCCCAAUUAGGACCUGAUUGCUGUGACAUCACUGAACUCCAGACAGCCGUUGCAGCUGUUAGCCGACCAGCCGGAAAUAGACACAGAAAGGGAGAACUGAAUAGCAGGGGUUGUGAAUACGGGUGGGGGAUUAGAAGCUCAUGCUUUCAGAUCCCUUUGUGCCAAGGGGAGGAGAGAGUGGAGAGGGGGUGGACCAACCCCAAAUCUACUGCCUGUUGUAAAGAAAAGAGGGAGAGAGAGAGGAGCAGAAAAAGUUAGUGCAACAGAGGUGAUGGACUUAGUCCAGUAAGAGUGACAGGGAACACAAACUCUUCAGAGGGCUAGAAGAACAUGCUGGUGGACUUUCAUUGCCUUCAAAACCCAGAGAAACCUACAGCACUUAAUAUACAUACCUGCUGAUCUUCUGAGGUCUUCAAAGCCCUCUCUAACAUCUCCUUGAAAUACUUGACCGUAAACAUUUUAAAAGGACUUGCUUUCAGUCACGCUUUGAUUAAACUUUUCAGUUUGUUUAAUAUGUAUUUAACAUUUCACUCCUGUCUCCCUGAGAAGAAGGCUUGAAGCAGUUUUUUUCAGAGUUCUUGAGAGAGGAUUUGCAGGCUUUGCAUCACCACACAGACAGAGGUGUUUAACUGAGGGCUUGUAGACUGAAGACCUUUCCACUGACACCGAGGACAUACUAACAAAAGUGAGACAGUGGGGGAUUACGACAGACCGAGCGAGAGGAAACCCCACAGAGCAUUUCUGCAAGUUGUGAUGACUAUUUCCACAGAGGCACUUCAUUCGGUUUCUCCUGGGCAUUGACGGAUAUCAAGAGGGUGCUGUGCAAUAAACUGGAAUCAUCUGGUAAGGGUGCGUGUGGUCAUGGAUGUCCCUGCGCUAGUAUGGCUGGUGUUGCUCUUGGCGAGUGGAGGGUUUCCUGGAACGGAGGGCAGCCCUCAGCAGUUUGACAGCAGUGACGAAGGUCCAGAGGUUGAAUUCCUGUCGACCUCUCGCACACGACGGGCUCCAGAGCCUCCACUGCAGGACAAGUGCUCCUACACCUUCAUCGUACCCCAGCAAAAGGUUACGGGAGCCAUUUGUGUGAACUCCAAGGAGCCUGAGGCCGUGCUGGAGAACCGUGUCAAUAAGCAGGAGCUGGAACUCCUCAAUUCUGAGCUGCACAAGCAGAAGAGACAAAUCGAGACUCUACAGCAGCUUGUAGAAGUCGACGGCGGCAUCGUCAAUGAGGUGAAGCUUUUGCGCAAGGAGUCCCGUAAUAUGAAUUCCAGAGUGACGCAGUUAUACAUGCAGCUGCUGCAUGAGAUCAUCCGCAAGAGGGACAACGCGCUGGAGCUCUCUCAACUGGAGAACAAGAUCCUCAACCAGACCUCCGAGAUGCUGCAGCUUACAAACCGCUAUAAAGAUCUGGAGCAUAAGUAUCAGCACCUCGCCUCACUUGCCAAUAACCAGUCAGCGCUCAUUGCCCUUCUUGAGGCGCAGUGUCAGAGGGGACCACCGGUUGUGGUACCCAGGGUACCAGUCCAACCUCAGCCCCAUCCACAACCUCAACCGCAACCCAGACCCUCACCACCCCUCAAUAAACCCUUCCAGCCAACAACCUUUAACCGUAACAACCAGAUCACCAACGAGAUCCAGAGCGAUCAGAACCUCAAAGUGCCUCCUGCUCCUCUCCCCACCAUGCCAGGAGGAACUCACAGCCCGUCCACCACAAACAAACCCUCCGGUCCCUGGAAGGAUUGUCUGGAGGCUCUGGAGGACAGUCACACUAACAGUGGCAUGCACCUGGUGAAGCCGGAGAAUACCAACAAGCUGAUGCAGGUGUGGUGCGAUCAAAGACAGGAUCCUGGCGGCUGGACCGUCAUCCAGAGAAGAUUGGAUGGGUCUGUCAACUUCUUCAGAAACUGGGAGACAUAUAAGCAAGGCUUUGGAAACAUCGAUGGAGAGUAUUGGCUGGGUCUGGAGAACAUAUACUGGAUAACCAGUCAAGGGAACUACAAGCUGCUGGUCACCUUAGAGGACUGGUCUGGACGCAAGACAUUUGCAGAGUACGCAAGUUUCCGUCUUGAACCUGAAAGCGACUUCUAUAGGCUCAGGGUGGGCCGCUACCAUGGCAAUGCCGGUGACUCCCUAACUUGGCACAACGGGAAGCAGUUCACCACUCUGGACAGAGAUCAUGAUGUAUACACAGGCAACUGUGCCCACUAUCAAAAGGGAGGCUGGUGGUAUAAUGCCUGUGCCCACUCAAAUCUGAAUGGUGUGUGGUACAGAGGAGGACACUACCGCAGCCGCUAUCAGGACGGUGUGUACUGGGCAGAAUUCAGAGGAGGCGCCUACUCUCUCAAGAAGGUUGUGAUGAUGAUACGACCCAACCCCAACACCUUCCACUGAGCAGCGCAUGAACACAGGGAAUGAACCGAUAACUGCUCCCCAACGGUCGCCAUUCACCCUAUAAAGUGCAGUUCACUUAGAUUGUGGUUUAGCUUCCUAUGUAACAUAGUUAAAUAAGAUAUGUGGCAAAGCAACAAACAGUGUCUUGGUUGAUGUAAUUGAGAAGGAGCACCAAAUUGACAUGGACUACAAAAGAAAGCUAUUUACAACACAGAAAUUGCAGUGUGAUAAAUUGGCCAGUUUCCCUUACAAUGUUUGUCACUACGAAAGUCAUGAACAUGAUGUUCUUUUUCUCUCUUGUUCGAUCAAAUCAAGUGAAACCUGUUCAUCUUUAAAUAUACAGUGCAAUUGCGAAUCUGAUGUCUGAUGUUUCAAAUUAUUUUGUUAAAUAGGCCAUAAAAAUAUAUAUAUAUAUAUAUGAAAAUAACUGAUCAGUACUCAUUCAUUGUUACAACUAAGACACAGGACAUCCAAUCCAGUGAUAAAUAGCUUAUGCUUUUCUAGUUUAUUCAAAGCUCUGAUAACAUAUUUCCUGAUGAGAUGAAUGACUCAUAAGUUAUUUCACGAAUAUCAUGUUUAAAAUUCAUAUAAUGCUGUAGUUAAUGCAUAAUUAAACAUAAAAACACAUCUUAAAACAGUCAUCAAUUGCUCCAUCUAAACUGUAUUUACUGUGUAAAUUAGCUGUUGGUGUCAAAUGAAGAUCCAACAUGUUUAUGUACAUAUAAACGUAAUAUUGUUGAAAAUAAUGUGUCAUUUGUAAUAUACUGUAAGUGUAACUGAUUUCCCCAAGCACGGUCAAACUGAUGCAAUAAAGGAUGUACAGCUA